CACGCUGUGGUGGCUCAAGCCGCGCCUGUGUAAAAGCGGCCUCGCUGCGACUGCCACUCGGCUGUUGAUCGUCGCGUCUCGCUCCAGCGGAAUGGACCCGCGCAAAGUCUCUGAGCUCAAGGCCUUCGUGCAGGUGUGCAGAGAGAACCCCUCCGUGCUGCGCGCGCCUGAGAUGGGCUUCUUCCGCAGCUGGCUGCAGGAAUUGGGAGCAACCAUUCCUGAAGCAGCCAAAAAUGACACUUCGUCAUGCAAAGGCAGUUGUCCGUGUGACGCAGGACCACCUCCUAAAACGGCCCCGCCCCCACCAGCAGAGCCCGCCCAACCUUCUGAGAGUGAGGAGAGUGAAUUGGAGAUUGACAAGGAUGGAGUGAUUGAGCCAGACACAGAUGAAGUUCAGGAGAUGGGAGACUAUGAGAACCUAGAGGUCACUGAUGAGAUGAUUGACCAAGCCAAUGAGAAGAAGAUGGCAGCCAUAGAAGCCCUGGGCGAGGGGGAGCUAGAUAAAGCUCUGGACUUGUUCACUGACGCAAUCAAGCUGAACCCGCGAUCAGCUAUUCUUUACGCCAAGAGAGCCAGUGUGUACAUUAAGAUGCAGAAGCCCAAUGCCGCAAUUCGAGACUGUGCCAGAGCCAUUGACAUCAACCCAGACUCAGCACAGCCAUACAAGUGGAGGGGGAAAGCCCACAGGUUGCUGGGUCACUGGGAGGAGGCGGCUAAAGAUUUGGCUAUGGCCUGCAAACUGGACUACGAUGACGAUGCUAGUGCAAUGCUAAAAGAGGUGCAGCCCAAGGCCAACAAGAUUCUGGAGCACCGGCGUAAAUAUGAGCGUAAGCGUGAAGAGCGAGAGAUCAGGGAGAGGAAGGAACGAGUGAAAAAAGCAAGGGAGGAACACGAGAGAGCACAGAGGGAAGAGGAAGCUCGGCAGCAGGCCGGAGGAGCACAUGGAGGCUUCCCAGGAUUCCCAGGUGGCGCUGGUUUCCCAGGGGGCACUCCUUUUGGGAUGCCCGGCCUCCAGGAGCUCUUUAAUGACCCGGAAGUGCUCAUGGCCAUGAAGGACCCAGAAGUAAUGGCAGCGUUCCAGGAUGUGGCUCAGAACCCAGCCAACAUUGCCAAGUAUCAGAGCAACCCCAAGAUCAUGGCUCUCAUCACCAAACUCAGCUCCAAGUUCGGUGGUCCACAGGCCUAGAGGGCUGGGGUGUAGCUGGGUAGGGGUGGGGGUAGAUGGGCUAUUUUGGAAAUGUGAUUAGGCAAGGGUUUGAUUGCAGUGCUCUGAGGGUUCUCUCUCUCUCUCUCUUUCUCUGUGUGUCUCUGUCUGUCCUACGGCUUGCUUUGUUCCUUUGAGCGGAUUUUUAGAGAGACUGAAUAGGUGAGGUUUGGGCUAAAGAUAUUUACUGCCAUCUGUUUUAAACCCAUGUCAUUAUUAUUUGUAAUAGGGGUGGGAAAAGGGAGAGGCACCAGGAAUGAGUAGGGCUGAGGAAGCAUGAUGCCACUAGGACACUGGCGUGGGCGGUACCAGGUUAUAGAUCAACCAGUAAGGAACAAGUAUUCACAAGCAUGGGGUAUAAGAGUUUGGGGGGGGGGGGGGGGGGGUUGGAGCUUGGCACUUCCUGGUAACUGAAGGCUGCCUACACACUUGCUGUUCCUCUCCCCAAGACCGUGAGCCCCUCUGUUCCGACGGCACUCGGCCGUCCACCCCGCUCCUGGAGCAGAAUUAACACACCUGACCUCUGCUAGCGCUGGGGGGCAGUCUGAAUUAAGAGGGCACAUGCGGUCUUGGGUGGCCACGUUCAGUUGUACAGCCUCACUUUCUUCUCGCCCUAAACCAACUGAUGCUCAGCUGCUCAUUUAGGGGUGUGAAAGCAGAGAAACCCCCAAUACCCUGCAGCAGGAUCUGGAGAAAGGAGACCUGCACCAGUCAUACAGACCUCUUCCCCUACCACUGGUGUCUCUCCAGAGUGAAAGUAAUGGCGGAUCGGCAUAAAAACAGCAUUUGGGGACAAUCGCAGGACAGAAAAACGUUCAGACGUAAUUGGUUCGACUGUGAACUGUAGUGAAAAAUCCAAGACUUGAGACUGUAUUGGGCUGUGUUUGAAAUGGUCCAAUGAGUUAUGGUGGUAGUGAACUUCCAUGAAAAUGUAUUCAGUACCUGGGGCUCAUAGGUGGUUUAUUCAGCUCUGAGGACUGCAGGACCCGUUAAGGAACAAUCCGCAACAAGUGGGGCAUUGGUUUCAUAUGCUCGUUUUAUUCGUUUUCCCUUUAGUUGUUCUUGUUGAACCUGUUGGCCAUGAUUUCCCUUUAAAACAACAUUUUUAAUCUUAAUUUUCUCUUUUCCCUGAGUUUAAUCUCAAACAGUAUUUACUCUCCUACUCAAACACACAAAGUAAAUCAGAAAUCGUAAUCAGAAAAAAAUAGGCAUUGCUUCACCUAAUCCAGGAUUGGGGUCUCAGAUGAUGAACCAUAAUUUCAGUCAAUAAAGGUUUGGGUUGCAGUUGCAA